AUGUACAGCUUACCGAAAGACUUUCCCGCGGACAGAAUUCCAUCUAUCAGUGGCGGUGGGUUGAACGACACAUUCAAGUUCGUCCAGUUCCACUUGCACUGGGGGGCCAACUCAGCUAAAGGCAGCGAACAUCUAAUCAAAUCUAAAAGUUAUCCGGCUGAACUUCACAUGGUUCAUUACAACACCAAAUAUGGAACUUAUGCCGAUGCAUCAGCUCAUUCUGACGGACUGGCUGUCUUAGGGGUUUUCAUAUCGAUAGGGUCCAACGAUAAUGUGUCUUUUCAGCCGCUUGUUGACCAACUAGACGAAGUUAUCACGGCUCAUUCAGAAACUACUUUAACGAAUUUGGUUUUAUUCCAAAAUCUGCUGCCUAGACAAACCACGUCAUUUUAUCGCUACAGUGGUUCGCUGACCACCCCCAGCUGCAACGAGAUCGUCAUUUGGACGGUUUUUGACAACCCGAUUCAGGUUUCCGAGCAACAGUUGGCAAAAUUCAGGAAACUGGAAGACGAUGAAGCCGAGAACCUAGUGGAUAAUUUCCGGCCUGCGCAACUGUUGAACGGCCGGAUUGAAUUUUAUCGGUCUUUCACCGGAUGCGAAAUCCCGCAAUCGUGGCCCUUCACUUCGACACCAUUCCUGGAUGCGUUCAAAUGGGUCAGUUGCAUGAUCAAUUUUGCCUUUUCUUGGCAAUAGAAAAAAAAAACAACAACAUAAACCUCUUAAUCAAUACUACAGUACACCGUGGUGUUUUAUAGAUCAAGCAUAGAUUGCCAUUAUUUAAAAAAAUUAUUUAAAAUAUAUAACUUAUAU